AUGUUUGAUCAAAAAAUUAUCAAUAUUAAUCAAUUACGAGUAUGCUUAAGUAAGUCACUACAGACUGGUACAGGAGGCAUAAUAGUAUGUUUCAGUGGCGCCUGUGCAUACAUGAUUAUCUACAAGAUUACCAACUAUAUUGUGGGAAAAUGGAUUGUACAAAAACAUGGCCGUCUUCGUCUGCGCCUUAUUUCAUACGAUGAACAAGCUGAAAGAAGAAAGGGCAUGAGCAUUGCUUGACUAGUGUUCUGAACAGUAACUGUUAAAUAUUUUGUUACCAAUGUGCUGUACAUCAAAUUCCACAUUACGAAUCAGAAUAGAGCUCUUGUAGAACA